AUGGCGUCCUCCGAGUCCGCGCCGGCUGUCACUCCCGGCGCCGCGGAGGGCGAGGAGGAGACGAUACUCUAUGACUUGCUGGUCAACACCGAGUGGCCCCCGGAGACAGAAGUGCAGCCUAGAGGCAAUCGAAAACAUGGUGCAUCCUUCAUCAUCACAAAAGCAGUUCGAGAUCGCUUAUUAUUUUUACGCCAGUACAUCUGGUACAGCCCUGCACCCUUUUUGCUCCCUGAUGGACUGGUUCGCUUGGUUAAUAAACAGAUAAACUGGCAUUUGGUCCUUGCAAGCAAUGGAAAGCUUUUGGCUGCUGUUCAAGAUCAGUGUGUGGAGAUCAGGUCUGCCAAAGAUGAUUUUACAUCUAUUAUUGGGAAAUGUCAAGUUCCAAAAGACCCGAAGCCCCAGUGGCGGCGUGUGGCCUGGAGCUACGACUGCACGCUGCUGGCCUACGCCGAGAGCACCGGCACCGUGCGGGUGUUCGACCUCAUGGGGAGUGAGCUCUUCGUGAUUGCCCCGGCAUCGAGUCUAGCAGGUGAUUUGAGCUAUGCCGUUGCUGGGUUGAUCUUUCUGGAAUAUAAAGCAAGUGCACAGUGGUCUGCAGAACUCUUAGUCAUCAAUUACCGAGGAGAACUUAGAAGUUACCUUGUAAGCGUUGGGACAAAUCAGAGCUAUCAGGAGAGUCACUGUUUCAGCUUCAGUGGCCGUCAUCCCCGUGGCGUCAGCACAGCGGCCUACCACCCCGGCCACAGACUUUUGUUGGUGGGCGGAUGUGAAGCUGCCGAAGUGGGCACCUCAAAAGCGUCCAGCGCUGGCCUCUCUGCCUGGAGGGUGCUGUCAGGGUCGCCUUAUUACAAGCAGGUCACCAGCGGCGGAGACACGGUUGCUGUGGUACCGAAGACUCUGGGAUUAUUAAGGAUGCUAAAUGUCAAGUUAUACAGUCACCCAGGACAAGAACAGGACGGGAUCUUUAAGAUGAGCCUCUCUCCAGACGGGACCCUCCUUGCAGCCAUUCACUUCUCAGGGAAACUAAGCAUCUGGGCCGUCCCAUCCCUGACGCAGCAAGGCGAGUGGAAUCAGCACGAGCAGCCAGGGUACGAUGACCUCAAUCCCGACUGGACACUCUCCACAGAGAAGAGGAAAAAAGUCAAAGAUAAAGAGUCCUUGUACCCGCUUGUCGAUGUGAAUUGGUGGGCGGACAGUGCCGUGAUCUUGGCUCGCUGCUCAGGGGCUUUGACUGUUUCCUCCGUGAAAACUUUGAAGAAUCUACUGGGAAAAUCCUGUGAGUGGUUUGAACUGGCACCUCAAGUCACCGCUGCCCACGACGGGGGAUUUUUAAGUUUGGAGUGUGAGAUCAAACUUGCCCCCAAACGCUCUCGUUUGGAGACGAGGGGUGCAGAAGACGACGAAGGGGAGGAGGACACCGACUCUGAUCAGGAAGUGUCUGCCAAGGCUCGCUACUUCGGUUACAUCAAACAGGGCCUGUACCUGGUGACCGAGAUGGAGCGGUUUGCCCCGCCACGGAAGCGCCCGCGGGCCAUCACCAAGCACUACCGCCUCGUGAGCCUGCGCUCCACCACGCCCGAGGAGCUGUACCACCGCAAGAUUGAGAGUGAAGAGUAUGAGGAGGCCUUGUCUCUGGCGCAGACCUACGGCCUGGACACUGACCUCGUGUACCAGAGGCAGUGGAGGAAGUCGGCGGUCAACAUCGCUUCCAUUCAGAACUACCUGAGUAAAAUAAAGAAACGGUCCUGGGUUCUUCAUGAGUGUCUGGAAAGAGUUCCUGAAAACGUAGACGCUGCGAAAGAGCUGCUGCAGUAUGGACUGAAGGGCACAGACCUGGAGGCGCUCUUGGCAAUAGGGAGAGGAGUGGAUGAGGGCAGAUUCACAUUACCUGGUGAGAUAGACAUCGAGGGCAUCUCCUAUGAGGAGCUCUUGCCUGAGGACGAGCCCGCCCAGAAUGCAAAGGAGAAGGAGCGCAGGAGGAGAGGAGAACUGCUUCGCUUAGUGCACUUUUCAGAAUUAACGCUGGAACAGAAGGAACUCUGCCGUUGUAGACUGAAAUUAUUAACCUACUUAGACCGGCUGGCCACCUAUGAGCAAAUCCUAGGAGUGCCCCAUGCAUCCGAACAGAGAUAUGACGCAGAAUUCUUCAAGAAGUUCAGAAAUCAGAAUAUUGUUCUCUCAGCAAGAACUUACGCGCGGGAAAGUAACGUACCGGCCCUGGAGAUUCUGUUCACCUACCACGGGUCGGACCUGCUCCCUCAUUGCCUCGCCAUCCUCUCCAACUUCCCCGAGACCACGUCCCCUCACGAGUAUGCUGCUCUGCUGCCCGAAGCUUGUUAUAGCGGUGACUCCUUGCUGAUCAUUCCUUGGCAUGAACGGAAACACCGAGAUAAAGAUUGGUGCGAGGAGGCGGCGUGCAGAAUGGUUGUUGAGCCGAGCCUCCAAGACGAGAGUGAAUUCUUGUACGCUGCUCAGCCUGAGUUACUGAGGUUCAAGACCACCCAGCUUGCAGUAGAGAGCGUGAUGGACUGGUACCAGACCCGAGCAGAGGAGAUAGAGCAUCAUGCUGGACAGGUUGACUGUGCAUUGUCCCUUGUUCGGCUGGGGAUGGAGCGGAACAUCCCUGGCCUGCUGGCCCUGUGUGAUGAUUUGGUUACUCUGGAAGUGCUCGUCUACGAAGCUGGCUGUGACUUAACCCUGACCUUGAAGGAGCUCCAGCAGAUGGAAGACAUUGAAAAGCUACGGUUACUGAUGAAUAGUUGUUCCGAGGACAAGUACGUGACAGGUGCCUACCAGUGGAUGGUCCCGUUCCUCCACCGCUGUGAGAAGCAGGCCCCGGGCGCGGCGCAGGAGCUGCUGAAGGAGUACUUGGUAACGUCAGCCAAAGGGGACCUGAGACUUCCCCUGAAGAUAUUUCAGCAUUCCAAGCCAGACCUGCAGCAAAAAAUUAUUCCUGACCAGGACCAGCUGAUGGCAGUAGCUCUGGACUGCAUCUACAACUGUGAACGGACUGACCAGCUCUUCCUUUGCUAUGACAUAUUAGAAUGUCUGCCACAGAGGGGAUAUGGCCCUAAGACAGAGGCAACCACCGCUCUUCAUGACAUGGUAGACCAGCUGGAGCAGAUUCUCAGCGUGUCAGAGCUUCUGGAGAAACAUGGCCUUGAGAAGCCAAUUUCAUUUGUUAAAAACACUCAGUCGAGCGCAGAAGAGGCGCGCAAGCUGAUGGUUAGACUGACCAGGCACACCGGUCGGAAGCAGCCCCCCGUCAGUGAGUCCCACUGGAGGACGCUGCUCCAGGACAUGCUGGCCAUGCAGCAGAGCGUUUACACGUGCCUGGAGUCGGAUGCUUGCUACGAGAUAUUCGCAGAGAGUCUCCUGUGUUCCAGUCGCCUUGAAAACAUCCACCUGGCUGGGCAGAUGAUGCACUGCUGCGCGGGCCCCGCACACCCGCCAGCGAGCGUUGCCCAGAGAGGGAAGGCCCCGCACAGGGUGAGCUACGAGGCCAGCGUCGACCUGGUGCUGGCUGCCAGCAGGGAGUACUUCAAUUCUUCCACCAGCCUCACCGACAGCUGCAUGGACCUGGCCAGGUGCUGCUUACAGCUGAUCAUAGACAAGCCCCCUGCCAUUGAAGAGGAGCUGGACCUUAUCCAAGCCGUCGGAUGCCUAGAGGAAUUUGGGGUCAAGAUCCUGCCUUUGCAAGUGCGACUGCACUCCGACCGGCUCAGCCUCAUCAAGGAGUGCCUUUGCCAGUCCCCCACGUGCUACAAGCAGUCCGCCAAGCUGCUGGGCCUCGCCGAGCUGCUGAGGGUCGCUGGUGAAGACCCAGAAGAAAGGCGUGGCCAGGUUCUGAUCCUUCUGGUGGAGCAAGCACUCCGUUUCCAUGACUACAAAGCAGCCAGUGUGCACUGUCAGGAGCUGAUGGCCGCAGGUUAUUCUAAAAGUUGGGAUGUUUGCAGCCAGCUAGGACAAUCAGAAGGGUACCAGGACUUGGCCACUCGUCAGGAGCUCAUGGCUUUCGCGCUGACGCAUUGUCCUCCCGGCAUCAUUGAGCCCCUGUUGGCAGCUAGCAGCUCCCUGCAGACAGAAAUUCUUUACCAAAGGGUGAAUUUCCAGAUCCACCGGGAAGGAGAGGAGAGUGUCAGUGCUGCGCCGUUACUUAGCAAAGCGCCGCAGGAGGAUGCAGCCGGCGCUCCCAGCAGCAGCUCAGCGGACCUGCUCCACUGGACCACGGCCACCACCAUGAAAGUCCUUUCCAACACCACGACCACCACCAGGGCGGUGCUGCAGGCCGUCAGCGACGGGCAGUGGUGGAGGAAGUCCUUGACGUACCUCCGGCCCCUUCAGGGGCAAGAAUUUGGUGACGCGUAUCGAAGCGGAACCAUAGCCAAUGAAGGUCUAGAAAGACAAGGCUGCCACCCUUUCUAUGAGUCUGUCCUCUCCAAUCCCUUUGUCGCAGAGUCCCAGGUGACCUACGGCACCUACCAGCAUGUCCCCGUGGAGAGCUUUGCGGAAGUGCUGCUGCGAACUGGCAAGCUGGCCGAGACGAAAACCGAAGGGGAGGAGGUGUUCCCCACGACAGAAGUUCUCUUGCAACUAGCAAGCGACGCGUUACCCAGUGACAUGACCUUGGCUCUCGCUUACCUCCUGGCCCUCCCGCAGGUGUUAGACGCCAACCAGUGCUUUGAAAAGCAGGCCCACUCGGCUCUGUCUCUCCACCUGGCAGCGUAUUACUACAGCCUGCAGAUCUAUGCCCGGCUGGCACCAUGCUUCCGGGACAAGUGCCAUCCUCUUUACAGGGCUGAUCCCAAAGAGCUAAUCACGACGGUCACCAGGCAUGUGACUCGACGUGGCCAUGAAGCCUGGCCCGAGGACCUGGCUUCGCUGACGGAGCAGUUGCACUACUACAACGAGCGGCUCCUGGACUUCACGCAGGCGCAGCUGCUCCGGGGCCUGCGGAAGGGGGUGGAUGUGCAGCGGUUCACCGCUGACGACCAGUACAAGAGGGAGACCAUCCUGGGCCUGGCGGAGACCCUGGAGGAGGAUGUCUAUGGGGUCGCUCUGUCUCUGGCGCAGCGCUACGGCGUCUCCUGCUGGGAGGUGUACAUGACCCACCUGGAGUUCUUGUUCAGCGACAGUGGUUUGUCCACAGUAGAAAUAGAAAAUCGAGCCCAAGCCCUUCAUCUCUUUGAGACUUUGAAGACAGACCCUGAAGCCUUUCACAAGCACAUGGUCAAGUAUAUCUACCCCACCAUCGGGGGCAUGGACCACGAGAGGCUGCUGUAUUAUUUCACCCUCCUGGAAGGCUGCGGCUGCGCAGAUCUGGGGAAGUACACCAUUAAACCGGAAACCCACAUUCGGCUGCUGAAGAAGUUCAAGGUGGUUGCAUCAGGUCUGAACUACAAAAAACUGACCGAGGAAGGCACGAGCCCCCUGGACGCACUGCAGCCGGUUCUUUCAAGUCAGAAUAUCUUAUCUAUUUCCAAGCUCGUUCCCAAAAUCCCGGGCGAGGACGGACGGAUGCUGUCCCCGAGCUCCCUGUACACCCUCUGGUUACAGAAGUUGUUCUGGACCGGAGACCCUCAGCUCAUCAAAGAAGCCCCGGCGUCCCCGCCCGAGUGGCUGCGCGCCUUCGAGGCCUGCACCAAGUACUUUGAUCGCCUGCACCCGGGGGACCUCAUCACUGUGCUGGAUGCAAUUACGUUUUCUCCAGAAGCUGUGACCAAGCUGUCUGUGGAAGUACGCAAGGAGAUGACGAACAAGGCUAUUAAGACAGUCAAACAUUUUAUUGAGAAGCCGCGGAAAAGAAAUCCGGAAGAGGACGUGCAGGAAGCUGGGCACUCUAAGGUGACCUAUGCAGACGCCUUGAGUCAUCUGGAGAAAUCCCUCGCUCACCUGGACACCCUGAGCCACAGCUUCAUUGUUUCUCUGCAGAACAGUGAGCAGGAAAUACUGCAGAAAUACAGUCACCUCUAUGAUCUCUCCCGGUCAGAAAGAGGGAAACUUCACGAUCAAGCCGUGGCCAUGUGUUUGGACGGUCAGCCUCUGGCGAUGAUUCAGCAGCUGCUGGCGGUGGCUGUGGGCCCCCUUGACCUCUCGCCCAAGGACAUAGUACAGAGUGCAGUGAUGAAAAUCAUUUCUGCGUUGAGCGGAGGCGGUGCCGACCUUGGUGGGCCCCGGGACCCACUCCAGGUCCUGGAAGGCGUCGUAGCAGCCGUCCGUGCCAGCGUGGACAAGGGGGAGGAGCUGGUGUCCCCCGAGGACCUGCUGGAGUGGCUGCGGCCUUUCUGUGCUGAUGACUCGCGGCCCGUGAGGCCCCGCGUGCACGCGCUGCAGGUCCUGGGACAGUCGUUCGAGCUGAGCGAGGAGGACGGCAGGCUCCUGGUGUUCUUCCGGACGGACGCCAUCCUCAAGGCCACGUGGCCCCAGCGGCAGGUGGCCGUGGCCGACGUGGACAGCGAAGAGAACCGCGGCGCCCUCUUCGCGGAGCUCCUGGAGUCCAGCUGCCGCGAGGUCGAGUUCCAGCACCUGGCGCUGCUCUUGCAGGCCUGGCCGCCCGGGAGCCCGGAGAGCGCAGCCAGCAUCACGGAUAACCCUUGGGUGAGGCUGGCUGCGGCCAUGCUGGCCAGGUGUACGUCGGAGAGCAGGGAGGCGCUGGGCGAGGAAGUUCUGAAGAUGUGCCGCUCCCUGUACAACACCAGGCAGAUGCUCCCUGCCCAGUGCGUGGAGGAGCUGAGUGCGCUGCUGCGGAGCCGGGCCCUGCUGCUGCCGUCCCUCAAGCUGCUGCUGGAGAGCCCGGAUGCCCGCCUUCACGCCGUGGCCCUGGAGCACGUGUCCGCCGUCGCCGAGGUGAAUGACUCCAACUGUGACCAGGAACUUCUCUCCCUGCUCCUGGACGCCAAGCUGCUGGUGCCCUGCCUCUCCACUCCCUUCUACCCGCGCAUCGUCCAGCACCUCCUGGCCAGCCCUCAGCCAGGGCGCUGGGACGCCGAGGGGCUGGCCCGGGACCUGCGGGAGGCUGGCCACGAGGCCGAAGCGGGGUCGCUCCUGCUGGCCGCCAGGGGCACGCAUCGGGCCUUGAGGACUUUCAGCACAGCCCUGGGCGCGAGCCGGCACUGGGUGUGACGCGGCCCAGGCCCACGCAGUCAGUCUCCAGUUUCCCUCCCAGCGGACCCGAGCACCCAGAGCCAGUGCUGGCCCGGAGGCAGCACCUGCCCCUGCUAAUGGUUCUGGGGGUCCCGCAAGUAGGAAAUAAAGAUCCAUGCUGAGCA